AACGGAAAAAGUGCUUUUAUUUUGGUGGUUCCGAAACGCUUGAUUUUCCGUGGAAAAACCACCAAACGGAGGAUUUUUAGUCAAUCUUACAUACUUCGGAGCUUGUGAGACCUUCACACAACUUUUCAUCAUGCCGCGGAUUAUGAUCAAAGGAGGUGUUUGGCGCAACACCGAGGAUGAAAUCCUCAAAGCCGCCGUGAUGAAGUACGGCAAGAACCAGUGGUCGCGUAUUGCCUCACUGUUGCAUAGAAAGUCGGCCAAGCAGUGCAAGGCCCGUUGGUACGAGUGGCUCGAUCCGAGCAUCAAGAAGACGGAAUGGUCCCGUGAGGAGGACGAAAAGCUACUGCACUUGGCGAAGCUGAUGCCGACCCAAUGGCGUACGAUCGCACCGAUCAUUGGCCGCACGGCGGCCCAGUGUCUCGAGCGGUACGAGCAUCUUCUGGAUCAGGCACAGCGCAAGGAGGAGGGCGAAGAUGGAAUGGAUGAUCCGCGGAAGCUGAAACCGGGAGAGAUCGACCCGAACCCGGAGACGAAACCCGCCCGACCCGAUCCGAAAGAUAUGGAUGAGGACGAGCUGGAAAUGUUGUCGGAGGCGCGUGCCCGAUUGGCCAACACGCAGGGCAAAAAGGCGAAACGCAAAGCCCGAGAGAAGCAGCUGGAAGAAGCGCGUCGUCUGGCGGCGCUGCAGAAACGUCGUGAACUGCGUGCAGCCGGUAUCGGACUCGGUAGGCGCAAGCGCAAGCUCAAGGGUAUUGAUUACAACUCGGAAGUUCCAUUCGAGAAGACUCCAGCACCUGGCUUCUACGAUACCACGGAUGAGUUUGUCGUCCCAAUUGCGGCCGAUUUCUCGAGCCUACGGCAACAGACGCUCGAUGGAGAGCUGCGCACGGAGAAGGAAGCGCGUGAGCGUAAGAAGGAUAAGGAAAAGCUGAAGCAGCGCAAAGAAAACGACAUUCCGAUGGCCCUUCUGCAGAACCAGGAACCGGCCAAAAAGCGCUCAAAGUUGGUGCUUCCGGAACCGCAGAUUUCCGAUCAAGAGCUGCAGCAGGUCGUCAAGCUGGGGCGUGCCAGUGAAAUCGCGAAAGAGGUAGCAUCGGAAAGUGGUGUCGAAACAACCGAUGCGCUGUUGGCCGAUUACAGCAUCACACCGCAGGUAGCUGCCACACCACGUACACCGGCACCGAUGACGGAUCGUAUUCUGCAGGAAGCCCAAAACAUGAUGGCCCUAACGCACGUGGAAACUCCACUGAAGGGUGGCGUGAACACUCCGCUUCAUCAAUCGGACUUCUCUGGAGUGUUACCGCAAAGCCAGACGGUCGCUACACCGAACACUGUUCUCGCUACACCAUUCCGAUCGAUUCGUGGUCCCGAUGGAAGUGGUACACCGGGAGGGUUUUUAACUCCCGCAUCCGGUGCGAUGGUUCCGGCCGGUUCCGCCACUCAACCAUCGAUGCCGGGAGCCACACCGGUGUAUCUGCGCGAUAAGCUGAACAUCAACACUGAGGAUGGCAUGAGCGUGGCCGAUACGCCGGCCGCAUACAAAUCGUACCAGAAGCAGCUAAAGUCGUCGCUCAAGGACGGUCUAGCUUCACUGCCGACGCCAAGGAACGAUUACGAAAUUGUCGUACCGGAUAACGAAACCGAUGAAUCGACGGAUGAUGCUGCGCUCACAGCGGAACAAAUCGUACCAGAUCAGGCGGAUGUGGAUGCGAAACGUAAGCGGGAUCGUCAGGUUCAGGAAGCGAAAGAGCUUUCGUUGCGUUCGCAGGUCAUACAGCGUGAGCUGCCUCGUCCGCUGGAGAUCAACACGACCGUUUUGCGUCCCGCAAACGAAAUGCAUGGAUUGACGGAUCUGCAAAAAGCGGAAGAGCUCGUGAAGCAGGAGAUGGUAAAGAUGCUCAACUAUGACGCCCUCCGGAACCCAAUCCAGCAAUCUCAGGCACCGCCCUCGAAGCGUCCCCCUCUGGCUCAAUAUCAGGCGUACCUCGAGCAACAUCCCUAUGAGAACAUCGAUGAAGAGGAACUGGUCGAAGCGCGGAAUAUGCUCGCCGCUGAAAUGGUGGUCGUGAAGAAUGGCAUGGCACACGGUGACCUGUCGUUAGAAAGCUACACGCAGGUUUGGCAGGAGUGCUUGUCGCAGGUGCUCUACCUGCCCAGCCAGAACCGAUACACACGCGCUAAUCUGGCCAGCAAGAAGGAUCGCAUCGAGUCGGCCGAAAAACGGCUCGAAAUCAACCGGAAACAUAUGGCCAAGGAAGCGAAGCGAUGUGGAAAGAUAGAGAAGAAACUGAAAAUUCUCACCGCCGGUUACCAGGCUAGGGCACAGGCGUUGGUGAAACAGUUUCAGGACACCAACGAGCAGAUCGAACAGAAUUGUCUUGCUCUGUCUACAUUCAAGUUUUUGGCCGCUCAGGAGGAUCUCGCCAUUCCGAAGCGCCUGGAAUCGCUAACGGAGGACGUAAUGCGGCAAACGGAGCGUGAAAAGACCUUGCAGUCGCGG